AUGACUCCCACAGCGUCUGUCCGUGUGCUCCUCCGGCGCGGCUCCCUGUUCCCGCGUGCCGCAGGCCGUCCUGCAGGCAUCCGACGCAAAUGUACAAAGACCAAGUCUCUGGAGGAGCCUCCUGAACGGGAGCCAAAGACCAUAACCAUUCAAGGACCGUCGUGGGUGUGGCUUGAACCCGUGGGAAGGCCCUUCCGUGCCUACAGUCGAGCACAGGCCCGCCGUCCCUAUGUCGUUCAGUUGCUAAGCACCAUCACGAUAUGGUUCUUUGGCGAUCUCUCUGCCCAGAUGAUUUCUGCUUCUGAGGAAGACUCAUACUCGCCGACUAGAGCGCUACGUUCCGUUUUCAUCGGCAGUCUUACGUCCAUUCCCAAUUAUCGGUGGUUCAUGUUCCUGGUCUGGCCUGCCGUUACUGCCUUCAGCUUCACCUUCAUUCCACCACAGUUUCGAAGCAUAUUUGCAGGCUUCAUCGCAAUCGGUUGGCAGAGUUGGCUGACCCUCCUCAACCAACGGGCCGCGGCCCAGGAAAAGGCCGAUCAUGAAAAGCAGCGAGACCAGCGCUUACGUCUUCCGCAGCCUGAGCUUGCUUAA